GAGCUGCCGCAGGAGGAGGGGGCCUGGGGCCGAGAAGCUGCCGCGGCCGCCGUCGGGAGGUGUUAACAUUUGCCGUCCUUGGGGGCCGAGGGACCCUCGGGCGGGUGGCGACGAGGGCCUGGUGGCCACUGCUCGUCCCUGUGCUCGCCCUCUCUCCUGUCCACGAGCGCGCGGCGUCCGCCAUGGAAGCGCAUCCGGCCGCUGCCGGGGUCUCCGGGCGCCGCGUCCCCGGCUCCCCGGAGCGAUGAGGGAGUAGGGGCGCUCGCCUCCCGUCCGCGUUCCGUCUGCCCGGCGGAGAAGGAGAGUCGGUUGGGUUGGUCGGGCCGGCUGCCCGCCCCGCGCCGCCCCGCCUCCUGGGGGCGCUGCCGAGGGGCGCCAGGCGCCCAUGCCGGCCCGGGGGCCAGCCGCGCCCGGCGCUCGCCACUGAAGCCCAGGACGCGCCGCCCGCCGGCCUGCGCCCGCCGCCCCGCCGCCCCCCAAGAUGUGGCACAACGUCGGGCUGACCCUGCUGGUGUUCGUGGCCACGCUGCUGAUCGUCCUGCUGCUGAUGGUGUGCGGUUGGUAUUUUGUAUGGCAUCUCUUUUUAUCGAAAUUUAAGUUUCUGCGGGAACUGGUGGGAGACACAGGAUCCCAGGAGGGAGAUCAUGAGCCUUCAGGGUCUGAAACAGAAGAGGACACUUCAUCGUCUCCGCAGAGGAUCAGAUCCGCUCGCCAAAGAAGGGCACCUGCUGAUGAAGGCCGCUGACCCCGGCCAUGGUCCUGUGUUAGUGAAUGAUGAAAGGCAGUUGGGAGCCUCUGUCUUUAGUGACUCGGCUUUGCAAUUUGCUUAAAAGAUUGAAGAACAUUUGUACUUGGUUUUAAGUCCAAUUCAAAAAAAGAUUUACAUAUAAGCCAUAUGAAAGUAAAGGGAAUUAAAACCAAAUUGGACCAUUGCAAAUUUCAUCUUAAAGAUAACCUUUUGCUUCACUAGCAUUUACUUAUGUACUUAAUCCUUGGCUAUUGGGCUUAUUUUCUUGGACUGGUGUGAAUCUGGUAAACAUUACAGGCUUGAAAAACCAUAUUAAUUCUAUAAUGUACGUUUUUUGUUUUUUUGUGGUUUUUGUUUUCACGUUUUACCUUGUCUAAAAUUGGAAUGCAUCUCACGAUUACUGUCAACUAGGCAAUAGUCACGAUGUAAUUAUCCAGCCUGCAUGUGUGAACUUAUAGCUUAUCAUAGCGUCAUCACUGUAUUGUGGGUAUCAGACAUGUCAGGUUUAAUUGGCAUUUAAGAUGUCUUCAAAAAGAUUACACUAUGAUUCAGCAUUGAAACGAAAAGUUAUUGUAUAUGCAGAAACACAUGGAAACAGAGCAGUGGGGCGUACAUUUGAUAUCAGUGAAGCAAAUGUCCGUCACUGGAGGAAUGACCGAAAUUCCAUAUUUUCUUGUAAAGCAACAACAAAAUGCUUUACGGAACCUAAGAAAGGAAGAUACCCACAGGUAGACGAAGCUGUACUACACUUUGUCAGUGAGACACGUGCAAAAGGACUGCCUGUCACACGCCAGGCGAUGCAGUUGAAGGCGGGAGAAAUUGCCAAAACCCUUGGAAUAGAUGAAACAAAAUUCAGAGCAACACGAGGCUGGUGUGAUCGAUUCAUGCGUCGAGCAGGACUGUCGUUAAGGCGUCAAACAUUGUUUUGUCCAAAGCUUCCUGCUGACCUUAAACAGAAGACAGUGGUGGAGCACUGUUUUGAGAAAUGCUGUGUCACCAGCGCUCUUGGUGACACCAAGGGUGCUGUUGUGUGGAAGCGUGCAGACGUCGACGACUGUGAUCUGAGAAGUGAUUCCGAAGAGUUGGACUCAAUAUGAGGUUAUAGUUAUAACUUAACCAGUGUAUUUCAUAUAUUCUCUUUACGUAUGCACAGGAUCGACGUGGUAAAAUCUGUUUAACUCUAAAAGCUCUGUUUCAAUAAAUAUAAACAUUCUACAUGAUACGAAAGCAUUGUGUCAUAGUUUAAUUGCCUGUGUUUUUUCUUAGUGAUACAUAUGGUGCAUCCUACAAUUGAUGGUAUCUUAGAUAAAAAAUAGUUUGUAAAUUUAUUUUUCUUUCUAGGAUGAUAAUUAUUUAUUGGAGAACUUAAUCCUGCCUCUUAACAAUAUUGCUAAAAUAGUUAUCCUCUAUGAGAUACAUUUUUUUGGCAACUUACUCAAGAUAUUAGAGUAGUAACUUAGAAACCUAAGAACUGUCUUCUACUUUAGGAAGAGUAGGAUUAGUUACUCCCUUUCUAUGGGAGGACUUCAUGCUCAAGGCCUGUCUUGUGGAGAAAAUAUUUCUUCACAAGCAGCAACUCAGUGACAAGACCUCAGAGGUACAGGGUAUAGAGGGAAAAAUAGAGAGCGGGUGAAAAUGCCUGCUUCCCUGUGAAAUGACUCUUACCAGGUUCCCAUGUUUGUCUUCACUGAACUUUGGACUCUGUGUUUACUGGGGAGAGAGAUACGGAUCAAAGAACCUUCCUGUUUAGUGUUACCUGCUUUGUACUAGAAUGAAUUGCAAAGCCAACUUGUCCUAUUAAUCUAAGUUCUUUUUGUGUUUUUAACCUGUUCUCAUAAAAACUAUUCAUCACAGAAUAUCACCUCUAUUUUAUGAUGGUAUGUAAUUUUAUGUUUGAUACCUCAUACUGUAUGCCGAUAGUUUUGUUUGUUAACAGUUCACUUGUUCUGCCUCAAGUUUUAUUCCUGAUGAACACCUCUGCUGUCACUGUAGCCCUUUGGGUAUACUAAAAGGGAAUUUACAGAAAAUAACUUUAAGUGCUUGCUGGGGAAAAUCCCCAGCAGCUGAGAAUGGGGCAUAAUCUUUCUGUCUUCAUUUCCUUAUUGGAUGCAAUUUUCUAUUUUUAUGUGACUUAGGUAUUAAAACAGUGACACAAGUUUUGAGCAUUAAUUUUAGGGCUUCAUACUAGCUAAAUAUAUUAAAAUGAUCAUCAGUUAGAAAAAAAAUGACUAAAAAGCUCGGUACUGGGAGGAUAUUUAAAUUAGAUUUUUCAUAGUCUAACAUUUUGAGCUGUGGAUUCUGCUUUAUAGUGGAUAAUCUUAGGUUUAGAUAAUAAUAGUUGCUGACGAACUUUUAAGUAGCUGAUGAACUUCCAUAUUGUGUCAGUAUUAAAGAAUGGUGGCUGACAUGACCUUCCCAAAUCUACAAGGGUCAUCUACAAAUUAAUCCAUGUAAAGGUGUACGUGCUGGUAUUAUUUAUUAAUAUUUAUGCUUCAAAGAUGUGUGUCUUAAUAGAAUCUUAAGAAAUGUUCUGCUUAACUUACUUGGGAAAUAUACCCAAAAGCGUAUUAAUAGCUCACAUCCUGCUGUGUUUUAACUCUUAGGAGAGUCAAAAGAAAUCACUGAUGCCAAUAUGAAAAUUCUACAAACUAAUUUCCUUUGUUUAACAUCUUUUUCCCCCCUACACCUCUCUUCCCCCACAUAGUACGUAUUUCUAAGGCCACUAUGAAAGACAAAAGAAAUAGUUGUUAACACAGAGUUAUUUGUGUGGUAUGGUGUUUCUGUUCUUUUCCUGUUGUAGAGCUUUUGUAGCUGAGCUUACCAGAACUUCAUCAUAAGUGCGUUUUCAGUUUCGCAGUAGGAGACAGACUAGGCUGUGGUUAAUUUGGUUUAGAAGUUUAGAAGGUUCUGAGCAUUAAAAACACGUACAAGUAUUAGUUUUGUCUGACUACUGACAAACGAUGGUGAUCAAGUAUGCCAUCUUUUGAGGAUUAAUUUUAAAAUUGAGGACACUGGCAGGUUGUUUCAUUUCCUUCCCAACCAACCAUUUCCAAAUCUUUCUUUUUUGCCUCUGAAAUGUCUGUGAAAGUUGCCUGUAUCAAAUGUAUUGGUAGCAUUGCUCUGAUUUUAAAUACCAAAAAACACUAAAUAUUUGUGUGGCACUGUUAAAUGAGGUUUUUAAUAUUUACAUCAAACUAAAAAUAGAAUUCAUCCGAUGGAUUUUGUAGUAUUGUUUUCGUGGAGGAAACAAAUAUUUUGUUAUUUGGUGGAGCGCCAGUUCACACAUGUGCUGACCCAUUUCUUUAGAUGUUAUUAGGUUUAAAAACAACUUCAAACUGUUAUUUUGCUGAAAGUUGGGAAUACUUCAAGUAACGGUUUCACAAAAUAUGGCAUUUUAAACCAAAAUGUGUUGAAAGAUUUGAAAGUAGUGCAUUUUUACUUUUAAGAGCAACAAUUUUUGAAAUUAAGUCAACAAUGUGGUAUUUUUUAAUGUUAGUUUUUCUUAAAAGGUGUGUUUUAAUGUAACAUGCAACCAAUGUAACUUGAGCUUUUGAUGGUAAACUUCAAGUGCUUUUAUAUUUUAAGUUGACUUUAAGAAGCCAAUGAGCAGUGUCAAAGUUUAUAGACUCCCAAGCAACUAAUGGAAUAGUAUCUUGUUAUGGAGUCUAGAAUGAAGGCACCUUGUAUUGUCUUCUUUUAAAGUAUCCUGUAGUUUUUAAAUUAAAGCGUAAAGAGUAACAUUUUAGCUUAUAUUAGUAAAAGUUACAUUUUCUAUUUGUUAAUGUACGUGUGCUGCCUGUUUUAUGACCAAUGUUUAAUGUUACCCUCUAAGUCAGUUCUAUGCAGAACCAUUUACCAAAUACUGCUGCUAUGGUUUCUUAAAGGAAACCUUCUGUGCUGUGCUAUGCUGCAUUGUCAUCUUGCUGCUUGGCAAAUAGGUUUUUAAGGAAUUAGAAUUGUGUAUGUUACUAGUACCUUUGUAUAACGAGACGUAAAAUUAGAGAUGAAGAAUGUAUGUGAAUGAUCAUUCACUGUUUUUUUUUUUAAAACUGAUCAGUAAUAUAAAGCUUCUGUGGUUUGUAUGAUGUUUUAACUUUCACUUUAAACUGCAUAGAAUAAAUUAAAAUGAAAA